AUGGAGAAACUGUAUGAGGUGUUCCCUUGUUUUGAAGUCCAGAAAGUCUUCCUAGCCACCUAUACUCUGAAGGAUGAAGCCCGAAGGUGGUGGUUACUAAUUCGAAAUGGCCACGAGAAUAUGACGUGGACUCAAUUCAAUACAAUCUUCUAUGACAAGUACUUUCCCCAAUGCUUUCGAGACCGGAAGGUUUCAGAAUUCCAGGAACUCAAACAAGGCAGAAUGUCUGUAGCCGAGUACGAGGCUAAGUUUACUGAGUUGGCCAGGUUUGCUCCUCACAUGGUGGACACAGACUACAAGAAUGCCCGCAAGUUUGAGGAUGGAUUGGAUCUAAACAUACUGGAUAGGGUGGGAGUCUUGAACCUACCCACGUACGUAAAUGUUUUGGAUAGGGCAUUAAUGGCAGAGUCCAUUCUAGCAGCGAAGAAACAAACUCUAGUCCCACGAACUGAUUGGACCGGGGAAAAGAUAUGGAAACAAUUUCAAAAAGGGUCGUUCAUUUUCUAG